GACGCCGGGAAGUGCACAACUAUCUCACGCCGUCGGAGAAUUCUCAAGUUUCCCACAGCAACCCGAGUAGAAGUUCCUAAGUUGUUGCCGAGGUUUCUGUCACGAUCAUGAGACGCACUAGGCACCACGUGCUGCCGGUCAAAUCCUGGCAGUACAUAGGUCUGAUGAUAGUGUCAUUAGCUUGUUUGAUACUUGGACAUGUGUCUCGAGAUCGAGAAGGGAGAGCUGGAAGUCUUGCAGGACCAGAGCUGAAGCAUACUGCUCCGCAUGAAGUCGAUGCCUGCCCUAAUGACAACCCCUUCACUCACCGAUUGCCUUCUGCCGUCGACCUGGCACCUACCACAGGAUUCGACCCCCUCACUAUGACUAGAGUCUCUAGAUCGCUCGAGCAUCUAGCGAUUUCUCGAAAUCCAGAGCGAUCCCAGCGUGAAUCGCGAAGGGUACUCGAGAGAUCGGCAAAAGAUGCUCGAGACAUUAGAGAUUCGCGCAACCGCAUCGCUGUACAUCGAACCGACACCCGAGACGUUCGAUCACAGGAGAACCAAAGACUGACAAGAUCACAAGAUACCAGAUCCGAGCGACGACAAGUUGCCAACCGCUUCGACGAUCGUCGAUCGGUAUCCCUGGAUCGUCGCACUUCAAGGAGCAACCGAAUUAGAGAAAGCCCGAGCGAACGUCGAACCGAUCCAUCGAGGCUUCUGCAGCGCAGGUCUUCGGAAAGGAGAUCGUCUGACCGCCAAAAUGAGGAGAGACGUGUGGACAUGCGCGUUGACCGCAUGGCUCGAUCCAGAUCAGCCGACGCCGAUCGGCGAGUUCGUUCCCCAGACAGGAGAGUUCAAUCCCUCGAGCGGACGCGGACGGAACGUCGCACAAGCCCAGAAGUAGAAGCCCGAGAGCGUCGGGUGAUCACCAGCCGACGGAGUUCAGAGCGCCGCGACGUGAGGUCUGACAACCGAUUGGAACGCGCAGAUGUCGCGAGAUCCAGCACCCGCGGAUCGCUUGAAAGGAGAGAGCUGUCUUCUGAGAGGCGUCAAGAGACUGGACGAAGGAUCAACGUCAGGUCCCAGGAGCGAUCCCGCGCGGACUCGCGAGUUCAGCGAGAGCGAUCUGCGGAAAAUCGAAUUCAAGAUUCUGAAGACCUUAGCCGAUCGCGAAGAGAUGUCGUACGAUCUGAUGAACGUCGUUCUGCGCGCAGUCGAGUCCGCCAAGAGCGAUCCGUGGGACCGCGGAUCGAGGCUCGAAGGUCUGCUAUCAGAUCUGACAACCGAAGAUCUGUGGAACGCGUCGAUAGCCGAGAUUCAGAGCGCAGAGCGCGUCUUGCCGGCUCAAGAAUUGACGCUCAACAUUUCCGCAUUCGGUCGGAAGACCGCAGAUCGGCAGAACGUCUUCAAAACCGUCGCGAACAGCUGAGGAGGAUUGACGCUUCAAGGACCGCGCGAUCUGAUGAACGGAAAUCUGCCGAUCGUGUUCUGAGUCGCAAUCUGGACCGCCAGGAGCGUCUCGCGAGGGAAAGGCUGGAUGUCCGGAGGUCUAGUGUGCGAUCGGAGGAUCCGCGAUCUUCAGAGCGUCUCUCAAGUCGUAAUUUAGAGCGUCAGGAACGUCUCACAGGGGAGCGAAUUGCCGCUCAACGAUUGACUGAGCGAUCUGAUGACCGCCGAUCGACGGAGCGUCGUCUGAGCCGGACUUUAGAGCGCCAGGAACGUGUCAUGAGCGAAAGGAGCGAUGAACGACGAUCUUCAGACCGCGUUCAGAGCCGUAGCUCCGUCCGCGAAAGAACCAAUAUCCGAUCAGAAGACCGAAGAUCCUCCGAACGCCGUCACGUCCAAUCUCUAGAGCGUCAACAACGUCAGUCAGACCGAGUGCAGCCGUCAACCCGCCGAACGCGUUCCCAUGAAGGAAGACAAUCCGAAUCCUCAGACACGCGGAGGGAGACGUCUUGGGUGAACUCUCUACGCCAGACCGCCCAAAUCCCGCGUAACUCGCGGCUUUCUGAUACUCAACGUCGUCAAGUCGAACGUGAGACGAGAGACGAGCGCAGAAUAUCACGACAGGAUAGCAGGGAAAAUGACAAAGAGAGACGGAUUGCAAGAGCUGCUGAACUUAGAAAUGCUGAUCACAGCAGACGCAACCAAAUCUACCUCACGACAGUACCUACUGUAAUGGACAGCAAGGAUCCAGCAGACAGUACUAAUUACGAAGUUUUGCGACAGAUUUUUGUGCUGGCACUCUGCACGGUUUAUACCGCAUCGCUUUUUAAGCAGAAAAAUGGAUAUAUCAAAAAUACUCUGACUCACGCAGCUCGUCUUCUCGCAUGGUAAAACUAUCAACUAUUAUCUACUGGAAACUUAAGAAUGGCAGUCCUAAUUAAUGAAUCUUUAAUUGCAUUCUGCAAGCAACUAAUUAAUCCCUCUUGUGAAGUUUUGACAUAGAGCUUUGUAGAAGUUGUCUGCACCUUGCACAGCUAGAAGUAGAGUAGAACAGACAUUUUUAGAGUAGUGUAGAGCGGAAUAUCUAUUGACCUGUUACUCAAUGUGCGCUGACUCAUUAUCUACCUUAUUCCUCUGAUGUUGUUGAAAAUAUUCAUGUAAUAAAGAGUAUUUUUCGUGGCAA